AUGGUUUAUGUGAGCAACCAAGGCAUGGUGUAUGGUGCUGGGGGUGAUCCCUUGGGAAUUCCUAUGCAAACAGCAGAUGGUGUGGUUCCAGUAUAUUCCUCAGGGGGUGUAGGAGGCCAUCCUCAAACAGUUCAAAUGCCAGGAGGUGGUGUAAUGCAAGUAGUCACUCAGCCACAAAUGUACCAAGCUCCUUUAUCUGGGGCUGUGAGCAUGCAGCCUCAAAUGAUCCAGGUGCCAACAUCUGGAGCUGGGGCUGUGAGCAUGCAGCCCCAAAUGGUCCAGUUACCAACAUCUGGAGCUCAGGGAGGUCCA